UUUUUGUGGCUUUGCGUGCACAUUGAAUUUUUGGGGACAUUUGAUGUCGGGCGUAUCCUUCAAAGCAGCUAGCGCGCCAUCCACGAGUCUGGCUAAGACAAAUAAGAUAUAUUUUUCACCAGAAGAUGCAGAGUGUCUUGCGGUGCCCGAGAAAUAUGCAUCCAGCGGUCAGAAAAACUUGGUAAAAGUAGGAAAAUUUAUAUACACGUGGGAUACGGACAAAUCCAUUGUUAGGGGGACGGUGGGGUUAGGAGCGAUACAGAGAAGACAGUUGAACGUUUCAUUGAAUCAGGCAAUUGAAGUUGUUCCAUAUUAUACGACUUCGAAAUGUAUAUUUUUGAGUAGUUUGCGUCUGGAAGUGAGUUUUUUGUCGAAGUCGAAGAGAGAUAUUGAGAUAUGUCUGGACGCGUCGGAGUUGGAGGCGACGUUCAAGGAGGUUUGCGUUGACCAAUAUUUGACGAUAGGUCAGACGGUCUUGUCUGACUUUAAGGGUGACAGCAUGAUAUUUACGGUGACAGAUUUGACUGUAUUGGACUUGAAGAGCAUUUUGACGGCGGAGAAGGGUAAUCAUUCUAAGAAAGGGCGAAAGAAAGAUGAGGUGGAGUGUACGGAUUUGAAGAGUGGAGUACUGAAUAAGGGGACGGUGGUUACGGUUGCAAGUGCGGCUAGGUCGGGGAUUCGAAUAAUAGGAGGGGCGGCUAGCGAUCAAGUUGCGGAACUGUUCAAGCCUGACUUCGAUUUUGAGAAGCUUGGAAUUGGAGGGUUAUCUAAGGAGUUCGGUGAGAUAUUUCGUCGCGCAUUUGCGCCGAGAGUGUUUCCCCCGGAUGUGUUGAGUAAGUUGGGCGUACCGCCGAUAAAGGGGAUAUUGUUAUAUGGUCCUCCGGGAACAGGAAAGACGUUGAUGGCUCGAUGCAUUGGAAAGAUGUUGAAUGGAAAGGAGCCGAAGGUGGUGAACGGUCCUGAAAUUUUGAACAAGUACGUUGGUCAAAGUGAGGAGAACAUCAGGGAGCUGUUUCGAGAGGCUGAGGAGGACUGGGCGCAGUAUGGCGUGAACAGCGCGCUGCACAUUAUUGUGAUGGACGAGUUGGAUGCGAUCUGUAAGACAAGGGGAAGCCGAAGUCAAGGUGGGACGGGAGUGGGAGAUUCGAUCGUCAACCAGCUUUUGUCGAAGAUGGACGGGUAUAAGCAGAUCGACAACAUUUUAAUCAUCGGAAUGACGAAUAGAAAGGACAUGAUCGACGAGGCCCUGCUGCGUCCUGGGAGAAUGGAGGUGCACGUGGAGAUCGGUCUGCCUGACGAACAAGGACGGCUGCACAUUUUGAACAUACACACGUCGAAAAUGAAGAAUUCUGGAUAUUUAGAUAAAAGUGUGGACUUAGAAGAAAUAUCGAGAAGGACCAAGAACUAUUCUGGAGCGGACUUGGCUGGGUUGGUCAAGAAUGCAGCGUCUUACGCGAUCAACAGGAAGGUCGACAUGCAGAAUCCCACUACUCCGGUGGAUCCGGAAUCCGUUCGUUUAGUGCAGACGGAUUUUGAGAAUGCAUUGAUGGAGAUGAGGCCGUUAUUUGGCGUGGAUGAGAGGGAGUUAUCUAAAAAUAUUGGAAAUGGCAUUAUUGAAUACGGGCCGGUGAUUUCGAGGGCUUUAGAGCAGUGCAAGGCAUUUUUUGAGCAGGUAAAGAAUUCCAGUCGAACACCGCUUGUGUCCGUCUUGCUCGAGGGUACAAUUGGGUCUGGGAAGACGGCGUUGGCUUCUCACAUUGCGCUUUCUUCUCAGUUUCCUUACGCGAAGAUGGUUACGUCAGAGGACAUGCUGGGUUAUACAGAACCGCAGAAGGUUGCCCACAUAAGCCGAAUAUUUGAGGACGCGUAUCGAUCUCCACUUUCUUUUGUCAUUGUGGACGAGAUCGAGCGGCUGAUUGAGUACGUGCGAAUUGGUCCCAGGUUCAGUAACAUUAUUCUCCAGACGUUGAUUGUCUCGCUGAAGAAGCUCCCUCCCGCUGGGAGGAAGCUCUUCGUGAUAGGGACAACGAGCAAGAAGGAAAUUCUGGAGGAUUUGGACGUUUUACAGCUGUUCGAUGCGAGAACGGCGAUACCCAACGUAACGGGUGCCGAGGAAGUGAGCAAGGUUUUGAGAUUCUGCGAUUAUUCUGAGAGAGACAUUGAAUCAAUUCGAGAUCAGAUUGCUCGUUUGGAAAUACCGGUCAAAAAGCUAAUUAUGGUAGCAGAAAUUGCCAAACAAGAAGAGAAGAACCUUUCUCUGCCCGAAAAAUUCGCGCAGGGAUUAUGGGAUUACGGCGCGAACAGCGCUGUGGAUUAGAAUGUGUUUAUGCGGGCUUUUUAUAAAAUUUUUGUUGUUUUUUGGGCUAGGCAUUGCAAGCUUACAACGAAACUUAAAA